UCAAACCACCACCAUCUCUUCUCGACUCCUUGUAUAUUGUAAAGUAACUGACCUUCAUGGGGAAAUCUGGAAAAUCCUCUUCUGGCGGCAAGGCGGGUGGUGAAGGCGGCAAAUCCCAAUCGCGUUCGGCCAAGGCAGGUCUCCAGUUUCCUGUCGGUCGUGUCCAUCGUCUCUUGAAGAAGGGAAACUACGCUCAACGUGUCGGUGCCGGCGCACCUGUUUAUCUGGCCGCGGUCCUCGAGUAUUUGGCUGCUGAGAUCCUUGAACUCGCUGGCAAUGCCGCUCGCGAUAACAAGAAACAACGUAUCGUUCCCCGUCAUCUCCAACUCGCUAUCAGAAACGACGAAGAGUUGAAUCGACUCCUUGGAGAUGUCGUCAUCUCUCAGGGUGGCGUUGUGCCCCACAUUGCUGCUGAACUCCUCCCUACCAAAUCAAGCAGAGGAAAGAAAGAUACUGAAGAAGCUUAGGAGACGCUUGUAUUGCUGUUUCUUAUCGAGUAUAUAUUUUUCAUGAUCGGCGUUGUUUCCAGUACCAUCACUGUAUUUCUAUCUCUUGUAGUAGUAAUUCAGCGUCCUACAAUGUUGUUUGUUCGAGUUA